GCGACCUCCGAACCGGCGUGGCUGCCCCCCACUUACCACGGGCGGCACGCGGGAUAAUCCUCUCCUGUCCACCGGAUCUCAAAACCGACGAGGAUUCCAAGCGGAAGCAAACAAGGCCGACCAUACAGCAGCGCCGUGCACUUCCCAAGUCGGCAUCCCUCUCCCGCCAGAGCUCUACUCCGCCUUAUUCCUCCUCCUCGUCCGGCCUGCUCGAUCGUCUUCGAGCGUCUCGACCUACAGUACUGCACUUCCAGGCGCAGCCGGCCACGGGGCGUCGAUGGCAGCGGCGCUGGCGCUGGCGCGGGAGCUCCUGGACGCGGCGCGCGCGCCGAGGUUCGCGGAGUGGCAGCUCGGCGUGCGCCGCCGAAUCCACCAGCACCCGGAGCUCGCCUUCCAGGAGCACCGCACCAGCGCGCUCGUGCGCGCCGAGCUCGAUGCGCUCGGCGUCGCCUACGCCUGGCCCGUCGCGCGGACGGGCGUCGUCGCCACCAUCGCCGGCCCCGGGGGCGCCGGCGCGGGGCCGGUGUUCGCGCUCCGCGCCGACAUGGACGCGCUCCCCAUCCAGGAAAUGGUCGAAUGGGAGUUCAAGAGCAAGGAAGACGGCAAGAUGCACGCUUGUGGGCAUGAUGUUCAUGUGGCAAUGCUACUUGGAGCUGCUAGACUGCUUCAGUCUCGCAAGAACGAUUUGAAGGGCACAGUGAAGAUUGUCUUCCAGCCGGCCGAGGAGGGACACGCCGGCGGGUACCAUGUCCUCAAGGAAGGCGUCCUGGACGAUGUGCAGGCCAUCUUCGGCAUGCACGUCGAGACAUCCCUGCCGGUGGGCACCGUCGGCUCCAGGCCAGGGCCGUUCCUCGCCGGAGCAGCCCGGUUCUCGGCGACCAUCACCGGGAAAGGCGGGCACGCGGCGGGGCCCCAGCACGUCGUCGACCCCAUCGUCGCGGCUUCCUCCGCCGUCCUCAGCCUUCAGCAGCUCGUCGCUCGCGAGACCGAUCCGCUUCAGGGCGCUGUGGUGUCGGUGACCUUCAUCAGAGGAGGCGAAGCUUUCAAUGUCAUCCCGGAGUCGGUGACCCUGGGUGGCACGUUCAGGAGCAUGACGACCGAAGGCCUCUCCUACCUCAAGAGGAGGAUCAGAGAGGUGAUCGAAGGGCAGGCAGCCGUGGGCCGCUGCACGGCGGCCGUCGACUUCAUGGAGGAGGAGCUCCGGCCGUACCCGGCCACCGUCAACGACGAAGCGAUGUAUGCCCACGCCAAGGCGGUGGCGGAGAGCAUGCUCGGCGAGGCCAACGUCAAGCUGCGGCCCCAGAUCAUGGCGGCGGAGGAUUUCGGCUUCUACGCGGAGAGGAUCCCGGCCGCCUUCUUCGGCAUCGGCGUCAGAAACGAGGGGGCGGGGAAGAUCCACCACGUGCACUCGCCGCACGUGGUGUUCGACGAGGGCGCGCUCCCCAUCGGAGCCGCCUUCCACGCCGCCGUAGCCAUCGAGUACCUGGACAAGCACGCCUCGCCAUAGCCUGCCCUGUAUUAUACUGUGACCAUUUCAAGCAUUAAAGGAGCUUCCUUGAAUAACUGUUCAGACAA